AUGACUUCCACAAUUAAAGUCAUAAAAGAUAAACAAUGUCAAAGUCUAAUAGAAAAGAAGACAGAAGAAUACGAAAGUACUCGUGUAAAGGACAUUACCCAACUUAUUACUAGUGACGAAGCCAUUAGCUUGAUGAGUAUUGAGACAACCGAUGUACAAACCGUUUUGAAAAUUGAAAACCUCAUCAAGAAUGUCCUUCAGUUCAUCCAAGAAAAGAAUCAGGCCAUGUUUAACGUGGAAUGCAAACUAAUUUGCUCAAAAUACGCGUUUCAGGUAUCAGAUUCAAAGAACAAAGCUCUUAAGCAGGAAAAUGAAAGCCUAAAAGACAUGGAACAUUGUCUAAGAGUACAGAUUUUUCAACAAGAACAGAGCAUAAAGCCUAUAACAGAUAAACAAAAGGAAUUGGAAAUGGACGUAUUUCAAUUAACGAAAGAAAAGAAGAUGCAUCAACUUAAAAUAAGGCAACAGGAUAAAGAAAAAUCAGUCCUAUCUUCUCAAUGUGACAGACUCAAACGGCAUUUGAAUUCUGUCACCGAAGAUAACUAUAGACAUCAGCACAAUGCGAAUAUUUUAAAGGAUGAUUUGGAAGCCAAAGAAGAAGAGAAUAGACAUUUAUAUAAGGAAAGGAAAGCACUUAUAGCAAGUGUCGAUCGAGCAAAUUUUGAAGCCGAACAAUUGCAGUAUCAACUGGAGAAACACUCUGAAGAAGACGUACUAACAAAAUCUAGCAUCGAGAAUCUCUCUAAAACAAUAAAUAUAAUAAGAAAUGAUUGUCAAAAAGUCGAGGAAGAGAACCGAAUUCUCAACGUCGAAAAAGGUCUAUUGGCCCAAAAGAUUAUGGCUUUGGAAAACGACUUGGAGGAGUUAGAGAUAACUUGUCAGAAUUACAAAGAAGAGAUAGAAGAUUUUGCAGCAGAAAACACGGAUUUAAAAAAGAAGUUGAAAAGCCGUAAACAGUUGGAGCCGAUUCCUGAAGAAGCACACACUGUCAUUGAAAGCGAAGAAAAUGAAGAGAGCGAAAGACAGAGGAAAUUAUUAAAGAAGAUUGAAGAAGAAAAUGAAAAAAUCCGUGAAUAUGAAUUACCCGAACAACACAUAAACCUAGAAACCAAGUACGAGGAAAUUGCUAGCGCUUUGGAUAAAUCUCAGCGGGAAUGCGCAACAUUAAAGGACGAAAAGGAGGCUAUAAUUGGUGAAAAUUUAAAACUAAAGGGUUUAAUGAAAGAAUUGGAAACUGGAAUUGAACAGGCCAAAAAAGAGAGCGAGAAAUUAAAUUCCGAAAUAAAUGCUGUAACUCAGGAGAAUGACAGCAUGAAAGAAAAAUGUGCAAAAUUUGAUGCUCUUCAAGAGAAACUUAAAGAAAGCGUCAAAAGAUUCAAGGAUUUAACGUUUGAACAUGCUAGGCAAACUGUGAAGGCCGAGUCUCUUACUGAUAAAUGUCAGAAAUAUGAACACGAAUUAAAUGAGAAAGAAAGGCAAUGGAACACGUCUUCUUCUCUUCGUCUGCAAGAAAUAAAAGCGCUAAAUAUAAAGUUUCAUGAUCAAACUGUCCAACUCGAGACCUUGCAAAACUCAAAUGUCGACUUACUGAAGAAACUUCAAGAAAGACAAGAUACAGUGACCCUGAAAAAUACUGAAAAAACACUCUCGGUUCGACAAAAACACGUUUCACUUUUGGAAAGGGAAAAUCAAAAGCUACAGAAGCUUCGCGAAGUGCAGAUGCAAAAAUACAACUACUACCUUGAUUCCAUACAGAGCCUUUCAAAUGAAAAAUUACAUUUUUACGAAAACGAAAUACUUAUACUUCAGAACCAGAUUCAUAUGUUUACUUUGGAUGCACAAAACAAAGAGAUUCAACGAGGCUUAACGAGCUCGAGAUCAAAUAAAGGUCAGUUCGACGAUCAAAACAAACUUACGAAUAACCAAACAAUUGUCUACAUGUCUAGCUUUGAACUACGUACCUCCCGCGAUAAGCUACGCUCGGAAGAGGACAAGGAAAAUUCUCCUCAAAUAACAAAUAAAGCAGAGCGUUCUUUGAUUCCUGAAAACGUUCAAUGGGCUGGUGUACAAAGUAUGGAAACCCUUGAUGAAACAAAUAUUCUUCAAUAUAUAAACAAAACGACAAUUGAAAAUGCAAGUCAAAAGGAUGAUAAAACAAGCAUGAUACAUUUAAAUGAAAUACCAAAAGAAUUGGUUGAUGAUGAAUAUGUAUUGUUUAUAAACGAGAAAGAACCUACAGUAAAUAUAAACGAGGAGGAGUCAGCAAGGAAAUUAUCCCUGUUCUACUCUGAAGAGGAAAAAAGCCAACUUCCUGGGUUUAUUGUGGAUGCUAAACCUGCAAGCUGCAUUCUCUUUCCAUGCUGCCAAGAUGUAUCGGGCAAAAGAUCAAACAAAAAGAAAGAAGCAUCAAAAAAGAAAUUGGCUCAUCAAAUCUUUCGUUCUCAAUGAUUACAAUAUCUUCAAACGAUGAAACUGUUAUUACUAAACCGCGUUAUACUAAGCUUUCAAUAAGAAUUAAUUAUUUUGUGUG